CUGGCCCCUCGCUAUUAUUUCGACUAUAUAUAUAUAUAUGCUUUGUUCAUGAUCAUAUUCAAAUCUAAUCAUUAUAUUCUUCCCAAAAUCCUAAAACAAACUAUGGAAACCUCCCAACCAAUCGCCAUUGAAAGCUUCUCCUACUCUUGGUUGAUCAAUCAAAAAUCAUCUCUUGAUCGUGUAUUCGAUUACAACGACUAUAAUCAAGAAGCAAGCAUAAAUUCCGUUACAAAUUCACAUAAAUCCCUUCAAGAAUCUCAAAAUUUUUGUUUUGAUCUUCCAUACACUCCAAAUGUUGUCCAUGCCGAUGAAAUAUUCUUUAAUGGUCGAAUUAUUCCAAAAUCUGUUAAUCAAAUAAGACUUUAUUCGUGUCCAAAUACACCCAUAGUUCAUUUUCCUCACAAGAACCCUUCAAAAUAUACCAAAACAUAUAGUCAACUUUUAGCAAAUUGGCGGAUUUCAUCUAAAAGGGUACUUGGAAAGUGUUUUAAAUUUCUUGUGCGGCGAAAAAGUACAAGAGUAGUCGAUAGUUCGACAAAUUUAGUUUGUUUGAAGUCUUCCAGGAGUGCAAAUGAGCAAAUGAUCAAUAAGAGAAUUGAGGUUAAAAACACCACGAUUCGGAGAGCAAAGAGUUGGAGUCACAAUUCAACAAAUGGAUCCAAGUUGUUAUGUUCUCCUCCAACUAAAUCAUGUGAUUAUAAUGAUGGAUCAAUUGAUGAGGCGAUUGUACAUUGCAAAAGAUCAUUUGAAAAAUGAAGAAUGGAGCACAUGGAACCCUUAUCUAGCUAAGAAUAAUAAAGGUGGAAGAAUCGUCUCUUUUUUUAAAGACUAUUAGGAUAUUAGUCGGAUGUAACUAGUAAUACCCAGUGA